ACGAUGCUCAGUGGUACUAAUCAAUGAAAGAUAUCAAAGAUAUGUAACAACUAACCUAGCUAGUACUCGGCUACAUUAUUAACACUUGAAUUUAUCUAAGUUUGUAUUACAGCCAGAUUGCACUAUUUCUUCCGUUGGUUGUGCAGUAUUUCAUUCAGAAACAUAUGUUAUUACAUAACACACUACCUAAUUGUGCCAAUGCCGAUGUAUUUGUUCACACUGGUACAUCCAGCCAUGCCUGUACCGAUGCCAGGACCAAUGCCUCUUGGCCCGGCGUUCCCUGGACCCCUGCCUUUUCCCAUGGGACCUCCUGCAUACCCACCGCAUUUACUACCGAUGCCGGGACCACCAAUACCCCCGAUCCAUGGCGGCUUAGGCCCAGUGCCGGGCCCCCCGGCGUUCGCUGCACCAGAGCCGAUGCCUUUACCCGCGCCCAUGGGCCCCCCGGCAUACCCACCGGAUAUUAUGCAGCCACAGGGAAUGCAACAACGCUUAGUUCCGAUGCCGGGCCCUCCAGCAUUUGCUCCACCAAUACCAAAAUCUGCGCCCAGGCCCAUGGGACCUCCAGCAUACCCACCGCUUUUACUCCAGCUACAGCAACCAAACCGCGGAUUUCAACGCCGCUUAGUUCCAAUGCCAGGUCCUCCAGCCUUUGCUGCACCAGCACCAGAACCUGCGCCCAGGCCUAUGGGACCUCCAGCAUACCCACCGCUUUUACUCCAGCUACAGCAACCAAACCGCGGAUUUCAACGCCGCUUAGUUCCAAUGCCAGGUCCUCCAGCGUUUGCUGCACCAGCACCAGAACCUGCGCCCAGGCCCAUGGAACCUCCAGCAUACCCCCCACCGCUUUUACUCCAGCUACAGCAACCAAACCGCGGAUUUCAACGCCGCUUAGUUCCAAUGCCAGCUCCUCCAGCAUUUGCUGCACCAGCACCAGGACCUGCGCCCAGGCCCAUGGGACCUCCAGCAUACCCCCCACCGCUUUUACUCCAGCUACAGCAACCAAACCGCGGAUUUCAACGCCGCUUAGUUCCAAGGUAUACUCGUAAAUGCGCCAAGAGACUGCCAUUAGUCCUGAUACCGGCAGCCGGACAAGUCUUUCAGGCACCACCACCGUUACCACCACCAUUGCCACCACCAUUGCCACUAAUGGAACUAAGAUUAAAAAACCAACCACCACCUGCAAGGUAG